AUGACUUUCAGGUGGAGGAGCAUUUUGAACAAACCUCGUCUCUGCCUCUCCUCCAUCACGGCAGCUGCUCCCUCCUGCAGGCUGCUUCAUGUCGGCCAGCGGGCCUCCCUCACCAAAGCCUUCUCCUCCCGAGACGUGGAGCUGUUCGCCGAGCUGACGGGUGACACAAACCCGCUCCACCUGGACCCCACCUACGCCCGCACCACCUCCUUUGAGACGCCCAUUGUCCACGGCGUGCUCAUCAACGGGCUCAUCUCGGCCGUGCUCGGCACCAGGAUGCCAGGCCGCGGCUGCGUCUUCCUCUACCAGGAGAUCCGUUUCCCUGCACCGCUCUACAUCGGAGAGGAGGUGCUGGCCGAGGCCGAAGUCCGCAAGAUCAAGAUGUCGUUUGCGUUCAUCGCCGUGACAUGCUCCGUCAAGGACAAGGUGGUGAUGGAGGGAGAGGUGAUGGUGAUGAUGCCCGAGGAUCAGCAGCAGAAGGGGUGAGAGGAGGAGGAGCAGGAGGAGGAGCAGGAGGAGGAGCA